UAUAUACCUGUCAAAAAGAUACAUUUAAAAAAGCAUUUAAACAAAUAAAAUAUAAAAAUAUCUAACAGUGGAAGAUGUAUUCAUUUUCUUUAAUUAUUUCGUUUAACGAUUAAUAAAUAAAAAUCCAAAUUAGUCUACAUUUGAUUAUUCUGCUUUCAAAACGUUUUGCAAGUAUGCUAUGUUAUCUGGACAUAAUACAUGUCUCACGCUAUCUCGGAAGUGCUCGGAAGUUUUGAUAUACGCAAUCCAAAAUGGCCACAACGAGAAUAACAAUUAAUUCCGAUUGUUAGCAAUGCAGAAGUUUUCUAAUUGUUCAUAUUAUUUGGCAACUGUAUAAAGCAUGACUGCAUAAAGUAAACCUAUCUUAUCAAGUCAUUACUUCUUCUCAGGUGAUAGUGUCGUCUGCGACAAAAAGCGAAAGAAAGAACGCAUUCGCUUUAAUCUUAAGCUAACCUUAAGAGAACCGUGCAACGAAUCCAAAGAAACGUGAUAAACGUCGAGCAAACACUCAUCGCUGGCCGGUAUCAUCGACCAUGACAACCGUGAAGGUUUUGGACGGCGGCUUUUCAGGGCAACUGUCACGUCACGUUGGGAAGAUUGAUGGCGAUCCGUUGUGGACGUCGCGAUUUCUCGCGACCGAUCCCGACGCUGUAUAUACUACGCACUUGGACUUCCUGCGUGCCGGCGUCGAUGUUAUCGAAACCAACACUUAUCAGGCGUCCGUGCCCGGCUUGACUAAGUAUCUAAAUAUGAGCGAACGCGAGAGUCUAGAUUUGCUUGCCAAGGCCGUGGCCCUGGCGAAGAAGGCCGUAGAUGUUUAUACUCAAGAAACGGAUAAUCUUCGGAAGCCACAUAUCGACACGAGACCCAUGGUGGCUGGUUCUUGCGGUCCUUAUGGCGCUUAUUUGCAUGAUUCGUCGGAGUAUACCGGUUCCUAUGGGAAAUCCAUAUCUCGACAAGAACUGAUCGAUUGGCACAGACCGCGCAUUCAAGCAUUAUUGAACGCCGGUGUCGAUCUGUUGGCUCUAGAAACUAUACCCUGCGUCGAGGAAGCGGAAGCUCUGCUGGAGCUAUUGCGAGAAUUUCCACACGCUCGUGCAUGGCUCUCGUUCUCCUGUCGAGAUGGUCAGCUGUUGGCGGACGGUAGCAUCUUCCACGAAGCAGCCGUGCGCUGUUACCGAGCUUCGCCAUCGCAGAUCAUCGCGGUCGGUGUUAAUUGCAUCGAUCCGAGGUACGUGACUCCCUUGUUGAAGGGAAUCAACGGGAGUGCAUCAUCGCGAGAUUUCAUUCCUCUGAUAGUGUACCCUAACAGAGGUGGCAGCUGUUCCACGACCGGCAGAUGGACCGCGGUCCCGGAUGAUCAUUCCUUGAAUCUACCUAUAUCAGAAUGGUUGGACAUGGGAGUUCGUUACAUCGGUGGUUGCUGCAAGAUCUUCGCGGAAGAUAUAAAAACGAUUCGAUCGGAAGUCGAUCAGUAUUACGCAAAAAUCGCAGCAAUAUGAUUCCUUUUAUGAUCGAACUGAUGCAAUGAUCACCGAACUCGCAUGAUGCACAUUUUUAUGAAUAUUCCUAUACGCUUAUCAAAGUCUUUCUCUUUGUUGAUUAUCAUAAUUGAAGAUAGCGCGUGUUUAUAUAAUUAGCUGAAAAUGUGAAGUAAGUUUAAAAGUUAAAAAGAUUAAAGCUGAUGUAAUGAUUGUAUGUCUGAUGAUCAUUAUAAUAUGAGAAGUCUGUCGUGUAAAUAUCAAUGCAAUUGCAUUAUAAUCAGUAAUUGUUUAUAACACAUAAGUACAAUAUCAGUACAAUAUUUUAUACAGCUAUAAUUUUUAAAUUUUACAUUAAUAUUUACACACAAUAUAUAUUUCUAUUUAAAAGAAACAAGAUA